AUGCCGUCGAACAAGACUCCACGCUACUGUUUAUAUCGAACUUUUGUUGAUGCCUAUAUGAAAGGUCAUCCUGGUAUAACUCGAUGUUUAUCGCAUACAGCAGCGCAAACUGAAUGGAAUGAGAUAAAAACUGAUGAAAAACUUGUUAAACAAAAAAUUGAAGAAUAUCUUGAAAUUUUCAAUUCCAAGGGUGAAUCAGUUGUAGAUCAAAGUGAAAGUGAACCAGUUAAGAAAACUCGGGGACGAAAAAAGAAAUCCGAAACUAAUAGCCAACCUGCAAAAGAAGGUCGCGUUGGAAAACGACGUCGAAAACGAGUACGUUCAUCCGAUAUUGAAAAUGAUUUAAUCAAUGAAAAUGAAGAAAACGAAGAUCAAGAAAUUGAAAACAAUACAGUCAAUGGUGGAGAGGAAACAAGCAAGAAAAAAACUGAAAAAAUACGUACAGCUGCUGAAAUUCUUGCAAAAAAGACUCGAGCACCAGCUCAAGAAAAAGUUUCAAAAGAAAUUUAUGAAAUUAAUGAACGUAUUAUUCAAUUAGUUCAAGUAAAAAAUAUGGGCAUGGCAACAGCAGAGCAAGAAAAACAGCUAAAAAAACUCUUAGUUGAACAAAAGAAAAAAUCCAAUGAUUUAAAAAGAUUAAAAGCUGAACAAAGUGCAAAAAAACGUGCACGAGAAAUUAAAAAACGUAAAAUAGAAGCAUUAUGUGAAAAGAAUCCUGAACUAGCAGCUGAACUAAAUAAAAUCUAUCGGCCAAUUAUCGGUCGACCGCCUAUUGAAGAAGAAUGUCCUGAUCUAUUACAAAUUAUUGAAGAAAUUGCUAAAGUUGGUGGUGCUGCCGAUGAUAAUCGUCGUUCACAAACUAUUCGACCUUGUCUAACACUGGAUGAUUUACGUGAAAAGAUUAAAGAACGUGGUUAUGAUAUUAAACGAUCAACACUCUAUUAUCGUUUAUUACCACAUCGUUCAAAUUCAAUUGAUGGUAAAAAACACGUGCGAACAGUUCCUGUACGUCUACGAAAAGCUCAAAAUGAUGAACAUAGCAAACAUGAAGAUGGUCAUUUUGCAACAGCAACAAUUCGUUAUAUUAAAGAUUUAGCUGGUAUAUUUGGUAAUGAUGUUGUCUUUUUCCUAUCACAAGAUGAUAAAUGUAAAGUACCAAUCGGUUUACCAGCUGCAAAAAUUCAAGCACCUAUGCUUAUGCAUUUGGAUUAUCGUGUUCGUUUACCUGAUCACGAUUGGACAGUAGCACCUCGUCAUCAGUUGACACCUAGUGUCUAUGCUGCUUGUAUGAUGAAUGAAAAUAGUGAUGUAGGCUAUUCCGGUCCAACUUAUAUUGCUGUUCGUUCUGCUAAACAUGAUCGAAGUGAUGCAACUAGUCAUGCAUGUGAUUUUGAUCGUCUUGUUGGCCUUAAAGAAUUCGAAAAAUCUGCACGUGAUUAUACAGGUCAUGUUAAACCAGUGGUUAUUAUUACUGUUGAUGGCGGCCCUGAUGAAAAUCCUCGUUUUCCAAAAACAUUGGUUGCUAGUAUACGAAAAUUUCGCAAAUAUAAUCUAGAUGCAUUAUUUGUUCUUACACAUGCACCUGGUCAAUCAGCUUAUAAUGUUGUCGAACGACGUAUGGCGCCACUUUCACAUGAUUUAGCUGGUCUUAUUUUACCUCAUGAUCAUUUUGGUACACAUUUAAAUGAUUCAGGUGUGACUGUUAAUUCUGAAUUAGAACGGAUCAAUUUCAAAAAAGCUGGAGAAGUUUUAGCUGAAGUUUGGUGUGGAUCUGUUAUUGAUGAAUAUCCUGUUGUCGCUGAAUAUAUUGAUCCACCUGCAUCAACUCAAGAUGAAAUACGUUUAGUUGACGUUAAUGUUGUUAUGAACAAUCUACUAGAUCGUGUAUGCGAAGAAGAAGAAACUGAAGAACCCAUUGAACGACGUAUUCGACAAACUGAUGAAUAUUAUCAAGAAAACGUUCGUGCUCCACGUAUUACAUCUGAUGGAGAUUUAUUACGAGAUACACCAAAAUAUGAUAUUGACGAAUAUUGGUGUGCUACACAUGUUCUUCAAACUCAAUAUACAAUUCAAAUAAUUCGUUGCAAUUCCAUAUCAUGUUGUGGUCCAUGGCGUUCAAAUUAUAUUCAAGUCUUUCCUCAUCGUUUUCUUCCGGCACCAGUUCCAUUUGAACGUACACCACGUGGUAUUGCCAUGGCCGAACGUGAUUACCAGAAAGGUGUUUUCUAUGGUUCCUUAAUUCAACGUAUACAAUUUCAUGGUGUUGUUAUGCAACAUACACAAAAUGAUGUAUUACCAUUUGAUUUCUGCUGUGCAAGCGUACGAAAAGAAUUAAAACGACGUGUCUGCUCAAUCUGUAAACAAUAUAUUCCAUCGGCAUAUCGUAUGAAAAAUCAUUAUAAAAUUCAUCAACAACAAUAUGCAUCGAAUUGUCUUGAUUAUGAUGAUGAUGAUAUGUUUUCCAAUGAAAAUAGUACAGGAGCCGAACAAAAUGGAGAAGAAGAUAAUGAUAUGCUUAGCAAUCAACGACCAUUACCAGCUAUAUCAAAUCCAUCGGGAAAUGGUGUUGUUAUUUUUUCAGAUAUGCUCGAUUGGUUGAAAUCGGAUUUUGAAGAACUUGAACUUAAAGAACAGAUUCUUAAAGGAGAUGUCGACAAAAAAAGCAGAUAA